CCACUCUUCGCUUGAAUCAUUUGUCAAAAAUCCAAGAAUUCUUUGUUUAUUAUCUCCAAGAAUUUCUUGUUUAUUUUCUUGUAUUGUUUAAGCAUGGCUGAAGAAACAAAGAAAUCUGUUGCUGAGGCUGUGGCUGCAACUGAAGAGGUUGUGGUAACUGAUGUGCCGGUGGCUGAGAAACCCACUGAGAAGGAGGCCCCACCACAGCCCGAGGCUGAGUGUGAGGUAGAUAAGACUGAGAAACCGGCGUUGGAAGAGGUUGUUGAAGAGAACAAAAUAACUGAAUCGGCUUCGUUUAAAGAGGAAAGCAACAAGGUCGAUGAUCUGAUUGACCCACAAAAGAAAGCUUUGGAUGAAUUCAAAGAAUUGAUUCGGGAAGCCCUUAACAAGCAUGAAUUCACAGCUCCGCCGCCUGCGGCCAAGGAAGAAGAAAAGAAACCUGAAGAGAAGAAGGAAGAAGAACCAAAACCUGAAGAGAAAAAGGAAGAAGAAGAAUCUAAACCUGAGGAGAAAAAAGAAUCAUGUGAGGCUCCUUCUGGAGUUCCACUGCCGCCUGAACCAGAGGCCCCGGUGGAGAAAAAAGAGGAAGAGAAACCUACUCCAUUGGCGGCGGCGGAGCCAUCAGAAUCAGUCGUUGAAAAAAUUGAAGCCACUGUUGAAGAAAUCAAAGAAACGAUAGUUCAUGAAGUUCCACCGCCACCAGCGGAAGAGUGUCCCCCUGCCCCGGCGAAGGAGGAAGCAGCCCAGGAAACAGCGCCACCACCCCCACCACCCGAGGAGGUUUCCAUCUGGGGAAUCCCACUUUUGGCAGACGAAAGAAGUGAUGUAGUUCUCUUAAAAUUCCUCAGAGCCAGAGAUUUCAAGGUGAAAGAGGCCUUCUCCAUGCUCAAAAGUGUUGUCGGUUGGAGAAAAGAAUUCAAAAUUGAUGAAUUUCUGGAAGAGGAAUCCACUGGAGAGGGCCUUGAAAAGGUUGUGUACAUGCAUGGAGUUGAUAAAGAAGGGCACCCCAUUUGUUACAACGCAUUUGGGGAAUUCCAGGACAAGGAUUUGUAUAAUAAUACUUUUUCUGAUGCUGAGAAAAGAGCCAAGUUUUUGCGAUGGAGGAUUCAGUUUCUUGAGAAAAGUAUAAGGAAGCUUGAUUUUAGCCCUGAAGGUGUUUGUACAAUUGUCCAAGUGAAUGAUCUGAAAAAUUCCCCUGGACUUUUCUUAUUCAAGAAAGAACUCCGCCAGGCCACCAACCAGGCCCUCCAGCUGCUCCAGGAUAAUUAUCCUGAAUUUGUUGCCAAACAGGUGUUCAUCAAUGUUCCAUGGUGGUAUGUGGCCUAUAACAGGAUGAUUAGUCCAUUCUUCACCGAAAGGACCAAGAGCAAGUUUGUAUUUGCAGGCCCUACUAAGACUGCUGAAACCCUCUUCAAAUACAUAGCACCUGAGCAAGUACCAGUUCAAUAUGGAGGCCUCAGCAGGGAUGGUGAACAGGAAUUCACAACUGCUGAUCCUGCAAUUGAGGAAUUUAUCAAGCCAGCAUCCAAGCACACUAUUGAAUUGCCAAUUACUGAGGCAUGCACAUUGGUUUGGGAGGUGAGAGUGGUAGGCUGGGAUAUAUCCUAUGGAGCUGAGUUUGUCCCCAGUGGUGAGGGUGGAUACACUUGGAUUGUACAGAAAUCAAGGAAGAUCGGGCAAUCUGAUGAACCGAUACUCAGCUGCAGCUUCAAAGCUGGUGAACCUGGCAAGAUUGUGCUCACAUUGGAUAACCAAACUUCUAAGAAGAAGAAGCUCAUCUACAGGUCCAAGAUUAAGUCCUCUGAUUGAAUUCCUUUCUGAAUAAAUAUAAUGCAGUAGAAUCAGAAGGGUCCCUUCUGUUCAAUUUAUAUAUAUUCUUUGCUUUUGAAUUAUAAUAUCUUGGGGAAGUCAUAUUUGAAUAUUUGUUCUUGGUUUUCUUUAAUUAAAAUUUCUAUGUUGGAUUGUAUGGUUUGGAGCAUGUUUAUUAUACAAGACUCUCGACGGGAUGACGAUGAAGGAGAAUUUAACUUAUAUUACUGUCAAGUAAGUCGAACGUGCCGACAGACCUAUAUACAGUGGGUUGGUUGCUGUAAAAUUUAUGUAAAUUUGAUAUUUUGUUCUUACCCUUUGUUUCUUUUUAAUGGAUGUUGAUAUUUAUUGGAUUCUUUG